UAUACGAUACUCAACUUCGAACGACGUCGUUUUUUAUUUAUCAAUAUAAAUAAACAAAAUAGAACAAAGAGCAGAAAGCACCUUUAUAGAACAACAAUGGUGGCGAUUUCACUAUAUAGAGGAAACCUCCAUAAACCACCUGACAAAACUAGAAGAUGGAUUAUGCCAAGAUUUUCAAUUCCUCUUAAAGAAUUUUGCGCCCUCCAUUGUCGUCGUUCCAAAGCUCUCUCUCUCCUCCCUUGUUCUUCUGUUUCCCCUUCUCCCACCCCUACUUCUGCUACCCCUGUCGCAAACCCUAAUCUUAAUCCUAUCAAAUCUGAUCAAUCAAAUCAACCAAAAACUAAGUGUGAAGAAAACCCUAAUUCUCUCCUAAAACCUUCUACAAGUAAAUCGGUGGUUCAUGGUGACUCGAACCCGUUGGAUCAACCGCCAAUAUUGGUUGAUGAAGGUAAUAAAGCGCCGGAAGAAGUUACACGGAAGGAGGUUGAGAAUAUUGCUAUUGUCGAUCCAAUUGCUCCAGCUAUUGAGGGAAAUGACAAACAUGAUGAAAAAGAGAAGCGGACAAAAGAGGUUGAGGAAAAGCUGCACGUUCUAAAUGAAAGGAAACACAAUUUAGUACAAUUACUUAAACUGAUUUUGAAUGCAGAGGAGGAACUAAAGAGACAAAAUAGUUUGCAGGCAGGAAAACCUCCUCUUCCCCUUCAAGUGGAUGCUUCAAAUGAUUCUGGGUCGAUGACUCGUCAUGCUACACCUAGAAAUGGAUCAGAGGCUAAUCUUACUGUUGAUAUGAUGGAUAUAGUUGGAGAUGAUGCUUUAAAUACUAACCCACAACCUCGACAGUUGCUACGCAUGAGCAGUACUUCACCCUCUGCUGAGUCUGUGCUCAAAAAGCCUCCCUAUUUUCAGCAUAAUGUGGCACCUCAUCCGUCUCGUGCAGUUCUGGCAGCGGGCAGUCCCUCACGUUUUGCUCCCUCAGGAAACCAGGCUCACCCUCCGAAUGUGUCUAUAUCUGGGACAAACUAUGUUGUGUCUUCACCGUCUCCAGCUGCCUCUGGUGGCACUUCAGUUUUCAGAGAUGCUCGGCAUCCUAGCCCAUGGAAUUAAAGCCCUUAUUCUCCCUCUUCUCAGUUCAGAUUUGAUAGGUUUUUUAAUUGGACCAGGAUCACGAGAUUCUACUGUAUGGUAUUAAUUAGUGCCAUUGGAAUACAUCUUGUUUUGUUCAGUUUUUUUAUUUCCUUCUCGUUAGUUGUGUAUUGUAAUGUACUAAUGUAUAGUAGGAGUAUGAAGUGGAUGUAAAUUUAUUGAAAUGACAAGAAAAUUGAAAAUUUUAUAAAAUUGAAAAAAAAUAGUUGAA